CGAUCGUAUGAGCAAUGGCGGCUUCUUUGCUGUCUUCUUCCUGGCGCUCCAUUCACCAGAGAAUAACUUCUUCUUUAAGUCAAUAUCUUUCCAGUGAUGGCAUUUUAUUGAUUGUUGCGAUAAUUUUAGAGAUCGCAUCAUGCGUUACUUUGAUUAUGGUGACGGUGAGAUGCGCUGGUCAGUGCUUAUUGUUCGCGAAAAUUUAUGAGAGGAAAAGGAUCCUGGAAGGAUCCCACAAAGUAUGGUGUGCCUUGCCGAUAUUUUUACACGUUAUAGCUCUUGGAUCUGCAUUACUUUUCUUGUUUCGGUUUAUAAGAAGAGGGAAAGUUAGGUAAGCGAGAUUAUCACCAUGAGUAUAGUGUGUUCUGUAAGCGACAUUAAGUCUUUGCAUUAUAGGAGGAUCGACUGUAGUAGUAUUUAUGUAAGUGUCAAGUAAGUGUCAAUGUCUUUAGCGUGACAGUACUAAUUGACGACACAGUUUUGACAUCUUCUGAAAAUGGGACCACAAUUUCUGCAUGGUCAUCUGAGCCAUGGGUAGGUCUUGCCAUUAGCAGCGCAAAUACCAGUACCUUCAUUUUUCUCAUUGUUGAAACUUCCUUUAUUUAUCACUUGUAGGGGUUAUAGCAAUUUCUUUAAUGCUCUUGCACUGCUGAUAGCUUCUACAUUGGCGACAUUUAUUGCUGCUUUGGUAAUCAGCCGUGGAUUUCAAGUCUUAUGUGACUCAUUUGUCAUUAACAGGUAAUAGUAGGGAGUUUAAGAAGUGACGUAUUUGAGCGACACACUUUGACAGUUUACUGUAAGUGAGCCUUUUUCUCUUUUUAUAUUGCUUGACGCUACCAAAUUUGUGUUGCUAAUUGUCUUUACUCUUAUGGAGACGAUUUGCUAAAAAAAUUUGUCCAAAAUUACUGCUGAAGAGUGCAAAAAGGCCACAUCCAGUUGACAUGUGUCGUUCAAAAACGUCGCUGCUUAAACUCACUAGUCUUCUUCAUCUUUGGCAACUUUUACAUCAACUUUCUCCUAACAAUAUGAAUACAGUAAAUGACCUAAUAAUACAGUUUCUACACAGUUAAAAUAAUUGUAUUAGAUACCACCCUAUAAUAAAUGCCCCCUAUGAGAAUUAGUCCAAAAUACUAGGAAUCAGCCAAAUUGUGCAAAAUCAUUUAAUUCAUUCAGUUUCUUGCUUGAUCUACAAGGCUUUGCUAUUUCAUCUUGUUCCAUGUCAAGUCUAAAGUAAGGAUAGACUAAUGAUAGCAACACAAUAACAAUGAGCAAGAUUCUGACAUCGAUGUUGGAAUUUCAAAGUGUAAUAUGGAUCUCUAGAUGGCCUAGAUGUAUCAAUUGGAGGGAUAUUACACUAUUUCUAAACUCUCUUGAUAUUUCUGCCGAAAAUGUAUUACAUUGUAGUUUUUAAAUGCCUCCUAUCUAUUAGACGCCCCUGCUUGGACCCCUAAAAUUAAAUAGAUGCCUCAGGCAUUUACUAGUUCAAUUAUAGUAUAUUACAAUAAAAAUGGUUAUGUGAAUUGAAAUGAUCACCAGAGCGAAACUACUCUGAUCUUUUAUCUAAUUCCCGCAACUUACAUUGUAUUCUUUAAGGAUGUGUAUAAAGAUCAUUCUGGAGAAUUUGAAUGUAUAUAUGCUGUAGUUCCAUUUUGAUCCUUGGUUUAAAUUUUAUUUCCCUUUGUUUUGGAGUAUGUUAAUGUAUGAAAACAAAAACAAAGAGAAAUUGAAACCAAGGAUAAAAUUGAAUCACAACAUAUAGCCAUGGGGGCUUAAAGAGUAAGAAAAAUUCUGAUCUUGUUUAGAACUAAAAAUAAGUGUACAAUAUCCACCCUGAAUAGGAAAACAACCUCCGCUUUUUGUUUAGUUGAAGGAGUGAAUUGCACACGUUGACAAGAAGUUUGUGAAAAGCCUAGUAGUGGUCAGAAAACACACCAGUAAUUAUUUCAGUGUUAAGUCUUUUGUAGGUCAAAUAAUGAAGGGUCCACCAAUCCCUUGAAACUAGCAGUUAUUUUAAGUGAUGAAGGGAUUAUCAGAUCUUAACAACCUCUGUUGCAGAUGUACAGAUCUUCAUUUUGAUUCGAUGGAUUGGAAGAAAUUUACUCCAAAGUACUGUGACUGUGAUAAAGGUUAUUCUUUACUGGAAUCAACAAUGGUAAAAGUCUUUAUUUUUCAGUAAUCUUAGGUAGAGCAUUAAAGAUUAAGACUAAUGUUAAUAUGUACUGACUAGUAUCAUUGUUGUAUUUUUCUCUUAGGUUGAUACCAGGGGUUUGUUGUUGUCAAACCACAAACAUUUUGUAAACACUUGAAAUAUUCUGGGAAAUAUUUUUAAGUAACCACUCACAUUGAAUGCCAAGACACAUGAAAUGAUAAACCAUAAGCAACAAAGUAAUACGGUGGAAUUUUCAGUUCUCAGCAGCCAUUUGUAUGAAUGGCACAAAGAAGCACUUCAUAGGUAACCAAACAAUACAUUUAUUGUGGGACAGAAAGCUGCUUGUAGAAUUUUGUGGUAUAAAUCAUAGUAAUCUGCCACGCAAAUGCAAUAUCUACAUGCAAUCUUUAUCGCAUUGCCAAAAAUUGCUGUCUGCAAAAUUUAACUGUAGCAUUUAUUCAGUGCCAAAAUAAAAUUGGUAAUAGGUAGAGUGUGAAUUCAGAGAUACGUGUGACAGUUCAUUUUGGCACUUUACAUUAACGACUUAAUACGUCACGUGGCUUUGUUUGUUGAACCAAAAAGGUGAACUCAUGUGGUGUUAUUCCUGAGCGUUUGGUUGGACAAUGAUAAGGUCAAGUCGAAUGAUGGUGUUCUCUGUCAACCAAAAAGGAGAAAUUUUCAUUUGUGGAAAGUCAGUUGGUUAAAGUUCUUUCGGUUUCAGCCUCCUCAUGCUAUAUAUAAACUCUGACUACUCUGAUGGGUUUCGUUUCGCUAGGGAGGAACACAUAUCACUGUGAUGUCACAGUAAUAGUCGUGAUCUAGUCUUGACACAUGAGAAAACAACACCAUGCAUGCACGGCGCGGUCUUUCUGUAAUAAUAAGGUCGGAUCAGUAUUUGAAAACCACCAGGAUUAGCGAUGCAAGGAAGUGCUGUCUCAAGUAGUGUUUGCUUUCUGCUAGCUGUAGUUAAAUUUAGCAAGGAAAGUACACUCAAAGGAUUUGAUCACUACGACUAGGGAUGUGUGUUUAUGGAAACACAUAUCCCAAGUGAAAUGUAUUUCCGCUACCUCCCGAUUUCACCUUUUUGGUUUGAUAAACAAAGCCAUGUGACCUAAGAGACUUAAAACGCCUGGCACCAAAAUCAACUUUCACAUGUAUCUUUGAAUUCGUGGUCUACCUGCUUCGGUAGUGCUGUACACUAUGAUAAGGGUCUUUUACUUUGCUAAAGACAGGUUAGCCAGUGCUCAUCAAUCUUUUGUUGGUUUUGUUUUCUUAGGUGUGCUCAUGGUGUUCCUGUUUCAUAUUUUUCCUUUUGUGUAUAGUCCAUGUUCUUCGAGCAUUCACAGGAGCCCCACCAAUGUAAUAUAAUAUUAAUUAUUACCUUAUGGCAGGCUUGUCAUGGGUUGUAAAACAAAUGAUGUUAAAAGGUUUUAAAUUGAAGACAGAAGAGGGGACUUUAAGGAGUACCCAGUAUCGCAAUACCAUAUGAAAAAUUUAGAAAUACAGAAAUACUGAGUCAAAAAUUGAUGACAUGCCAAUACCACAUGUAUGCACCAGAAAUCAACCUCAGCCAUUGUGGGAAAACAUGAGAAGACCUCAAAUUUAUCAGUACAUUUGAUGCAACAGCAAUUCCACUGUAGAUUAACUGUUGUGUAAUCAUUUACCAUGAAACAACUUAAAAAUGUUGACUUCUAUUACUACCUAUAUAGUUUAGUUACGUGUUGCAUAUUGUGUUGACCUGUAUUAGACAGGAGAUCGCAAAUGAAUGGCAAAGCAAUACUGUGAAGGGUGUCAAGCAAGUCCUAUAUUCCUAUAAAAUCCUAUUUUUUCAGACCGCUCCUUUAAAGUCCUAUAGAUUGAGCAAAUUGCUAUAUUUAAGCCCUUUUCAUGAAAAAUUCAAGAGAUAUUUAAAAAUUUAAAUAAAUCUUUGAUUGGUAUGGAAAAAAUCCACAAUUCAGG